AAAAUUCGGAUUAAUUCGGUGAAUAAUAUCAAUUUAAUAAAGAAUCGAGGAAAAAUGGAGCCAGGUCGUCGCAAGCGUGCAGAUUCGAGUGGUGAUGAGGUGGACGACUGCCGCCGGAAGAGGACCGCCGAGGUCAAGGUGGCUACCGUGGACAGGUUGAUGCGGGGCUUGAGCUACCAGGGCGGCACUUCCAUCGAGCUGAAGCUGGAGAACCUCUCGUACUUGCUGCGAAACGAGAUCAGCCCCGAGCUCAGGAAGCACAUCCUGCAACUCCUGAUCACCUGCGUGGGCAACCAUCCGGGGCAGGCCAGUGCCUAUGCCACUUUUGUGGGCCUUUUGAAUAUAGUCAACUUCGAGUUCGCCUUCGAAUGCCUGGCCUUCAUGAUGCAGAAGCUGCACGAAACCAUCUGCAACCGCGACUGGUUCAAAGUGCGGGGAGUGGUCCACUUCUUGGUGGACUUGUACAAUUGCCAUGUGGUCACCUCGUCGUCAUUGCUGAACUUCCUCGCGGGCUUCGUUAAGGAGUGCGAGAAUGUCACGGACGCGGAUGAUGAGGUAGACUCUGUACCGCAGACUCGUCGCGAUUGGCUGGCCUAUUGUGUGUUAUCCGCCAUUCCCCUGAUCGGCAAAGACCUGCAGGGUAAGGCGGGAUUCGAGAGACUAAUGCUCACCCUGCAGAUCUACAUCAAGAAGCGAAGCACCUUGCCCACCGCUGCGUUGUGUAUUUGGCGGGACUCGAAGCACAGGGACUACUUGGAGUUGCUCUGGCAGAGGGUGGAUGGAUUGAGGCGGGAGCAUUGGGCCGAACCAGAGCACCAGUUGAUCCCACGACCCUAUCUGGCCUUCGACGAGGCCCUGAGUAUCGGACCGUUGCAUUGCCUGCGUGACUUCAAGGUGGCGCCUCAUGAGCACAAGUGCCCAUAUCCCCCACCUCGAGUAUCCUUUUGCCUCUUUCCCUACGACACUGGCGACGAGCACCGCGAACUGCCCCAUCCGUUGCGCAUCGAGCGGCAUUUGCUGGAGGUCCAGAUCCAGGACAUCCUCAAGUCCUUCCAUCUGGAGAGGAGGAUCUGCGCCGACAACCUCCUGGCCUACGCCGCCACCAAGACCCAGUUGGCGGUGUACCACUGCAUCGUGGAGGUGAUUCUGAGCGAUAUGCUGCAUCUGCCCGCUUCCGAGUGGAUCAACAUCAACUACGGAGCCCUGCUGGUGGAGCUCUGCAAGCGGCAGCCGGAAAAGGUGCCCCGCGUGGUCGACCACGUCGCGCUCAUUCUCUUCGACCGAAUGGACUCCAUGAGCGUGGCCUGCUUCGACCGGCUGGUCAACUGGCUGUCGUACCACCUGAGUAACUUCGGGUUCGCCUUCUACUGGGACAAGUGGGGCCACAGUCUCCGCUCAUCGAUCGUUCCGAGUGCCACCAAUCUCCAGCCGAAGGCGGUUUUCCUCAGGGAAUUGCUCAAGAAGUGUGUCAGACUUUCAUACCCAGAGAGAAUUGCACAAAUUCUACCGGAGUUUCUCGCCGGUUUCCUCCCGCGGACUCCCAUUCCACACUUCAAGUUCGUCGACGAAACGCUCCCGGGUGCGAUGUUGUCCAAGAAUCUCCUGGAGACGAUGCGCAACAAGCAAUCCUGCCCCGAAAUGAUCUCCACCCUUAUAAAUGGCACCACAGGAAUCGCACCGCUGCUCAAGAUCAACGUUCUUACCCAGAACUGCCUCCACCUCGGUUCUAAGUCAUUCAGCCAUACUUUCGCAAUACUCUGCAAAUACCACUCGGUAUUCAAGGAACUGACUGCGGGCGAAUCGGAGAAGCAACAUGCGAUCUUAAAUGGAAUCUUCGAGGUUUGGGUCGAUAGCGAGCAAUUCAGAUUGGUGGUGAGCGAAAGACUGGUCCGUAUGAAGGUGAUAGAGCCCAGAUGUAUAGUGUCCUGGAUUUUUGGUCCGCUAAUGCGGAAGGAGCUCACCAAGAUGUACAUUUGGGAGCUGCUCCAUUCAACUGUGCGCCAAGUCAAGCGUGUCCAAAAGCAGAAUGAAGUUAUAGACGUGGACUGUCCAAGUGGGACGAAUUACGCAGUCAGAGGCAUUUUACUGGACAUCGUGAACCGCUUCGUGAAGGCCCUUUCUGCUGCUCCGGAGGAACAUGAGGGAUCAGAGGAGCACUACUGGUUUCACUGGGUUCUUGGCCGGCUACAGGAGACGCUUUUCCUCUAUGCGGACGACUACAAAAAUAUUUCCUGCAAACUGCACAAAAUCACCGAGGAGGCCGAUCUCAGGGAAAGCGUUUCGAAAACGAUGAAGGGGUUUCUAACCUUUGUUAGGGCAUAA